AUGCAAUUAGGCUUGUCAGAAAGUCUCCCAGCCCUCGUAUCCAAGCGCUUCACAGCUGCUAAAGGAUCUGGUCACCUUCUAUUCUCUCAGACACACCUGACCACUAUUCAGACUGCAGGGAUCCCGUAUCAACUUCGGUAUUGCCCUGCCCUUGCAAAUAAGCCAUCGGGAGCUCCAAACACUGAAAAGCCCACUACGAAGCCCAAAUUCGACCCUUUCCAGGACCCGUCCCCAGAGCUCUUAAUCGCUCAGAUACCCCGAGAGAAUCCAACUCAUAUACUAGUCCUCAACAAAUUCCCCGUAAUUCCCAAUCAUUUUAUCCUAGCCACAAAGGAAUGGAGACUUCAAACAGAUAUCCUGGAGAAGGAGGACUUGGAUGCGGCUUAUUCUUGCCUCAAAGCAUGGAGUGAGGAGAACAAGGCAAACAGCGCGACCUCCAAGCGACUUUUUGCCUUUUUUAACUCCGGCAACGAGAGCGGAGCGAGUCAGCCCCAUAGGCAUUUACAGUUCUUACCCGUCGAAGCCAUGUCUCAAAGUGACUCGGGGAGCUGGCAGCCCUUGAUCGAUGCAGUUUCAAGUCAACCAACAAGCCCCGGUUCUAAAUUCUUGCGAUGGGCCCAAGUACCGUUUGCACAUUUUGCCCUUCCGUUGCCCUCGAACCCCUCUGCGGACACCCUACAUCACAUUUACCUGUCCCUGUAUAGAGCAGCGUUAGCAGCUGCACAGGGCAGUGUGGGAGGUUCCUCCCCGACGACCAGUGGCCCAGCUGCUAUCAGCUACAAUCUAGCAAUGACUGAUUCAGUGAUGAUGAUCUGUCCGAGGAGAAGUGAAAGCGCUCAAAUCCCAGUCGACAGUGCAACGUCGGCGGAGGUCUCUGGGGCUGGCAUCGUGGCCUUGAAUGGUACAAUCCUUGCUGGCACGCUCAUGGUAAAAGCUGAGGCCGAAUGGGACGAGCUACGUCGUAACCCGGAUUCCCUUAAAGAGAUACUGACGACAAUUGGGUAUUCUCACCCAGAUAUGCGCGAACUCUCUCUACUUUGA